UGCAGCCUAUAUGAUCUUGAAUAUCAUCUCAUUACAUCAUUCAAACAGUAACGUUCCCAAAAACAUCAUAACAAAAAUGGUAGGCAAAGGAAUUGAGCCUCAUGUGAUAUUUGUACCAUACCCAAGCCAAGGUCACAUUAACCCACUCCUCCAAUUUGCAAAGCGUUUAGCCUCAAAAGGUGUCAAAGCAACUAUAGCCACAACUAAAUACACUGUAAACUCCAUUCAUUCACCUAACAUCUCAGUUGAACCAAUUUCUGAUGGAUUUGAUGAAGGCGGUUUCUCUCAAGCCCAAAAAGCCGAUAUACUUCUCAAAUCUUUUGAAGAAAAUGGCUCGAGGACUCUAUCACAACUCAUUACAAAUUACAAAAAUUCGACACAUUCUGUAAGUUGCAUUGUUUAUGAUUCGUUCUUGCCAUGGGCUUUUGAUGUGGCUAAAAAACAUGGGAUUUAUGGGGCUGCAUUUUUUACGAAUUCGGCUACGGUUUGUGCCGUGUUUGCUCAUAUUCACCAGAGCACAUUUUCAUUGCCAGUGAAAAUUGAAGAAAAUGAACCAUUGUUAUUGCCUGGUUUGCCUUGUUUGUAUCCUCUUGAUGUUCCUGGAUUUAUUAUGCCUCAAAGAUAUCCUGCUUAUUUAGCCAUGAAAAUGAGCCAAUUCUCCAAUGUGGAAAAAGCUGAUUGGAUUUUUGAUAAUUCCUUUCAAGAACUAGAGGGAAAGAUAGCAAGAGGCGUAUCAAAGUUUUGGCCAGCAAAGUUAAUUGAACCAAUGGUGCCAUCAUCAUAUUUGGAUGGAAGAAUAGAAGGUGAUAAAGGGUAUGGAGAAAGUCUAUGGAAACCCCUUAGUGAAAAAUGCGUGAAUUGGCUAAAAACAAAGGCAAAUCAAUCAGUAAUCUAUAUUUCAUUUGGAAGCAUGGUAUCACUCGCACCAAAACAAAUGGAAGAAAUAGCAUAUGCUUUAAUAGCUAGCAACAUGAAUUUCCUUUGGGUUGUAAGAGAUGCUGAAAAAUGCAAAUUGCCUAAAGGAUUCAUAAAAUGCUCAAAAGGGAAAGGACUCAUUGUGUCAUGGUGCAAUCAGCUCGAAACGCUAGCGAAUCAAGCCAUUGGUUGCUUCGUCACUCAUUGCGGUUGGAAUUCGACUCUUGAAGGACUAAGCCUUGGCAUGCCAAUGGUGGCAGUGCCUCAAUGGUCUGAUCAAAUGACGGAUGCUAAAUUUAUAGAUGAGAUAUGGAAAAUUGGUGUGAGGCCAAAUUUGGAUGAGUUGUUAGGGAUUGUGGAAGAGGUGCUAUUAUUUUGUUUAAAUGAGGUAAUGAAUGGGGAGAUGAGUUACGAGUUUCGGGAAAAUGCUAGAAAAUGAAGAGAUUUGGCUAAGAAAUCAGUUAGUGAAGGAGGUAGCUCUGACAAGACCAUUAAUGAGUUUGUUUACAGUCUAAAUUUAGCCUGCUAGAUGAGGUAGAAGAAUUUACAAUUUCACUAUCUCUACAAGACAGGGGUAAGAUCUGUGUACGCUCUAUCCCUUUUUAGAUCCCCUCAUCUCCCUUGUGGUAUUACACUGGAUAUGUUGUUGUAGAUGAAGUAGAAGUUCUUGAUUGCCUUCUAAUCAUAUGGAGUCUAUUGUAUUGUAUUAUUUCAUGGCUUAUUAGCUAAAUUGAUUGUAACGAAGUUAAAUUAUAUUAAGCAUGAAAGUUUUCGUUUUUUCAUCUGUUAACACUGCCCAUGAAGAGAGACAUAAAAAGACAGAAAGAAAUCACUUGGCAUCUUUACUACUCAAUUUUUCUGAAUUUUUCUAUAUAUCAUCUUUUUAAAAGUAUAUUUUAGAUUGUCACACAGUAAGUUCGAAUCUCAAUAUGUUAUAAAUUUGAUCCUGAUUAAUUGUCAAAUCUAGGACCUCUCACAAAUAUGGUUAGGAGUUAGGACGGAACAAGUAGAUAGAACCCCUUUUUUAUAAGUUCGUACGUUUCCCGUUGUGGCGACACGGGGGCAAAAUAAGGCUAGACUGGGGCAAAAUAAGGCUAGAGGGAUGGUUUUUUCUCGCUUUUGGCAUAGCAGGUCCCGGUGGGAGGCUCGCACGAUGGGCUAUUAGCUCAGUGGUAGAGCGAGUUAACUUUCUUUUGACGAGCUUCUAUCCCGUGUAAACAAAAUCCACUAACAACUACGCCUCAAAUCUAAAACAAAAAUUGUUUGUAUGAUCUUUCUACACUACUGUCUUUUAUCUUCUUUUUUCCCAGACAGUUUGUUGCUACGUGA